GUGUGUGUUUAUGUCUCAGUAUGUGACAAAUAGAGGCUGAGACACUCAGAGCUCCAGACAAAAAAACGCAUCAGGUCCCAGUCAGUUGGACGGCGAGGACCCUACAGCACCAUCAGGAUAACUGUGGACCACAUUUGGGUGAUUUGUCUCAGAAGGCCAGUGCACGGGAUUUAUACGACCAGACCGCGCUCAGUUCACCAUGCAGAGACCGAGCGGUACGGGCACGGCGUUUUCCAUUGAUUCUUUGAUUGGCACUCCACAGCCCCGGCCGGGCCACCUGCUCUACACGGGCUACCCGAUGUUUAUGCCGUACCGACCGCUUAUGAUUCCACAAGCCCUGUCUCAUUCGUCAUUACCGUCGGGUAUCCCUCCCUUGGCACCGUUGGCAUCGUUCGCGGGGCGUCUCACCAACACUUUUUGCGCAGGUUUGGGUCAGGGGAUGCCCUCCAUGGUGGCGCUCACCACCACCCUGCCUAGUUUCUCGGACCCUCCAGAUAGUUUCUAUCCCCCGCAGGAGAUGCCGGGACCCCGGUUAGGCGCGGACGGGACGGGGAUGAACCGGCAGGAGAGCCCGCAUGACGAGCUCAAGGGCUCCGAACUCCUCAAUUUCACGGAAACUUUUCAGGCGGUUGCAGGCGAAACCAAACUGUACAGUUCCGACGACGAGAAGCUGGACCUGAAGUCCGCGGAGGCCGCGUGCAGUGACCGGGAGGACAGCUCGGCCGACAGCGAGAACGAGAGCUUCUCCGACGGGAACACCUGCGCUUCAGCGGCCCAGAAAAGCAAACUGAAAGGCGGCUCACAGGACGCGUUACCGCCGGGCGGCUCUGCGGGAAAGAGCCGGAGGAGACGGACUGCUUUCACUAGCGAACAGCUCCUGGAACUCGAGAAGGAGUUUCACUGUAAGAAGUAUCUGUCCCUCACCGAGCGCUCUCAGAUCGCGCACGCGCUCAAACUCAGCGAGGUCCAGGUCAAAAUCUGGUUCCAGAACCGCAGGGCCAAAUGGAAACGGAUCAAAGCCGGGAACGUCAACAACAGAUCCGGGGAGCCCGUCCGGAACCCCAAAAUCGUGGUGCCCAUCCCCGUGCACGUCAACAGGUUCGCGGUUCGGAGUCAGCACCAACAGAUCGAGCCGGGCAGCAGGCCAUGAACUCCUCAAUCAAAGUGACCCUGAACUCCUCAAACGAACAUUUACUACACGAGCCACAGUCACACAGGUCAGGGGUCACGCAGUACAGAUGCAUGAAGCACACCUAAAAGGAGACCUUUCCAGUAUCUAAGGAUAUCCAGUGACGUUUUAGGUAACACUUUGUUCACUCAAACUCGAGGCCUAUACAAUGCUUAACGGAUCAUCGGUUUAAUACAUAUGACUUAAAGUUUAUAAUAUUUGAAUGUAUUGACACAUGACCUGUUAAGCAUUAUAUUAUAAAUAUUUGAAACUUAUUAAGGUAUUGUCGACUUUUCAACGUCGACACUGUUCAUUUCCUUCUCUUCCCUAAAAUUUCUUUAUUUUUAAUUUAUUAUUUUGUACAUUUGUAAAUAUUAAAUGUGUCCGUGCGACACACUUGUGCACUAUACGAGACUGUAAAGAGACGUUUUUUUAAAAAAUAAGUAUUUAUAAGUUGCUGUCUAGUGAAUUUUUGCAUGUGUUGCCAUUUGUUGUCUGAUUUUAACGGGCCGUUUCAGUUUUUGCAUGUGCUCUUAAAGGCAUUUCUGUCCUAGAGGCGGAAUAUCCCCCAGUUCUUUGUGAGAAAAAAAAAGAUGAUGGAAAUAAAUAAGCUCAAGAACACAAUGGCAGAGUGAUAUACUUACAUCGACGUCACAAUAAAUAUGGUGCAACAUGGUUGCAUACAAUUGGGAGAAAAUGUAUUCAGUGUGUACGUUU